AUGGUAGAAGAGGACAUUCACAAGACAGCCUUCCGAACGCAUAGCGGUCACUAUGAAUGGGUGGUUUUGCCUUUUGGGCUGACCAAUGCGCUAGCUACAUUCCAGAACUUGAUGAAUGACAUUUUUAAAGAAUAUAUCAAGAAGUUUAUCCUUGUAUUCUUUUAUGAUAUUCUGGUAUAUACAAAAACCUGGUCAGAGCAUAUUCAAUGCUUGAGUACAACAUUACAACUCCUCCAAGACAAUAGCCUAGUUCUCAAUCACAAAAAAUGCAGUUUUGGGAAGACAAAAAUAGAUUAUUUGGGCCAUUUGAUCUCGGUUAACGGGGUGCAGCCAGAUGAAGAUAAAAUAGUGGCAAUAAAACGUUGGCCUAGGCCAACAACAGUUAAAGAACUCAGGGGCUUCCUUGGGUUAUCAGGAUAUUACAAGAGAUUUAUCAGAAAUUAUGGGAAGAUAGCUCAACCUUUGGCACAGUUGUUCAUGGAUAACAUCGUGAGGUUACAUGGAUGGCCAAGUGAAAUAAUAUUAGAUAGAGAUAGUAUAUUUAUGAAUGCAUUUUGGACGGAACUAAUGAAGAAGCACGCAGUCAAACUUUUGCGGUCAACUGCAUUUCAUCCCCAGACAGAUGAGCAAAUUGAGGCCCUCAACAAAGCACUCGAAGUUUAUUUAAGAUGUGUCACGGGUGACCUGCCCAAGAAAUGGUCAAAGUAUAUUUCUUCUAUAGAAUUUUGGUACAAUACAAAGUUUCAUAGUGCAACUCAGUUGACCCCCUUUGAAGCUUUAUAUGGCUAUCUUUCACCAAUGCCAAAUAGUACUCUGACUGGAGAUUCUUUGGUGGAAACAGUGGAUUAUACCAUCAAGACAAGAGAGCAGAUAACAAAGUUACUUCACCAUAACUUGCUUCGCGCCCAGGAAAGAAUGAAACAUUAUGCUGACCUCAAACGAGUGGACAAGGAGUUCAAAUGUGGAGACCUAGUCUAUUUAAAAAUUCAGCCGUACAAGCAGCUUACUUUGGAAAACCAUGCUUUCCACAAAUUGGCAGCUAGGUACUAUGGGCCUUUCAAGGUGUUGGAGCGAAUAGGGAAAGUUGCUUACAAACUUGAGUUACCCACUGGAACAAACAUACAUGGCGUGUUUCAUGUAUCUUUGUUAAAGAAACAUCAUGGUGCCCAUACGGUUUCAACUGAUUUUCCUGUGUAUAAUGAGGAAGGGGAAGUUCAAUUGCAGCCACAAGCGAUCUUGGAUAGGAGAAUGAAGAAGAAGGGAAACCGAGCUAUCACUGAAGUACUUAUACAAUGGCGACAUACCAAUCUCGAAGAUGCUGUUUGGAAGGAACUUUAUGCAGUACAACAACAAUUUCCAAAUUUUGAUUGGAAUUCUAAUCGGCCUUGA